GCAUCCCCCACCCACUCUGGAUAGGGAGCAGGGGAGGAGAGCCAGCAUCCCCCACCCUCUGCGCGGAGCGGAGGAGUGCAUCCCGCGCCCAGCGGUGUCCUGUACUGUGCGCAUCUCCAGAGCGGCGCGCGAGAAUGCAGGUCCGCAGGGGCGCGUGCGUGGGUCUGCAGCUGCGGUGGGGCUGGACGACGCUCUGCCUGUUGAGUUUGCUGCCCUCCGGGUUCACAAAUACAAACAACCUGACCUCUGUUGCCACAGAGUCCUCUGCCCUAGGAACAUUUUCAUCUGUUCCUACAAAUGUGUCCAAAGAGGAAACUGCCAUACCUUAUACCCCUGAAAGUACCAGCAACUACUCUGCCCUUCAGGACAGCAAGAAGACCACACCAACCAUCUCAGAGACUAUGGUCAACUUCACAGCUACCUCUGAGAGUCCUUCAGUUUCUGGAACAGCACAUCCUUCUCUGCAGUCACAGACAUCCCCAGCCCUCACCUCACUCACCACUCCAGACAAUGUUUCCACUUCAGAGAUGACCUGGAAGUCCAGCAUGCCACCUGUAAAUGUUUCUGAUUAUUCACCCAGUAACACCAGCUCCAGGAUGACAUCAUCCACUGAACCUUAUAUAUACCCAUCAUCUUCUCCUGCCUCAAGUACCACCAAGGGAGAAAUCAAAUGUUCAGGAAUCCGAGAAGUGAGAUUGGCCCAGGGCAUCUGCCUGAAGCUAAGUGAGGCAUCUAGCUGUGAAGAAUUUAAGAAGGAAAAAGGAGAGGGCCUAAUCCAAAUACUGUGUGGGAAGGAGGAUGUGGAGGCUGAGGCUGGGACUGGCAUGUGCUCCUUGCUCCUUGCCCAGUCCGAGGUUAAGCCUGAGUGCUUACUACUGGUCUUGGCUAACAGCACAGAACUUUCCAGCAAACUCCAACUUAUGGAAAAGCACCAGUCUGACCUGAGAAAGCUCGGGAUCCAGAGUUUCAAGGAAGAAGAUGUUGGGAGCCACCAGAGCUAUUCCCGAAAGACCCUGAUUGCAUUGGUCACCUCAGGAGUUCUGCUGGCCAUCUUGGGCACCACUGGCUAUUUCCUGAUGAACCGUCGCAGUUGGAGCCCCACAGGAGAAAGGCUGGGCGAAGACCCUUAUUACACGGAGAACGGUGGAGGCCAGGGCUAUAGCUCAGGACCUGGGGCCUUCCCUGAGACUCAGGGAAAGGCCAGUGUGACCAGAGGGGCUCAGGAGAACGGGACCAGCCAGGCCACCUCCAGAAACGGCCAUUCGGGAAGACAACACGUGGUGGCUGACACAGAACUGUGAAUUGGCUGGGCGGGCAAAACCGGAAAGUGGCAUCUCUGCCUCUGACCACAUGCUGCCUUCAUCUUGCAUGCCCUACCCUUUCCCACUAUACACACUUUAGAGGCUGUUUCUGGGGCUCUCCAGCUUUGGGGAGGCAGAUAAACUGCCCUCUACACAUUUGGCUCCUUGAACUCAAGCUAUGAAUUUUGGGUCAAGGUGUGAUGGGGAGAAGCCCAGGUCCAGAGCUGUUGCUAGGAAGUUGGUGCAUGUUGCACUCACCAUGGAUUCCCCGCCCCUUCUCUCUUGCCUCUUUACAGGAACUCUUCAGGAAAGUAUGAACUUUUCUAAGCUACAACUUCCUCCUUGGAAGCUUUGCUUUUUACUAUUUAUCCCUCUUAUUUUUUUUUCCCUACUUAAGGGAAACCACGGUAACCCCUGGCACCUACUCCCUUGUAAUGAUAUAACCAGAAAAGUGUGUUGUCUUAAACCAUGUCCCUUAUUAUUCCUCAAGACACUGUGGAUUUGGUCAUUAGCUCCUCUCUUGCUCACCGAUUUCUGCAUGUUUGUGUGCAGAGGCCAGAACAGCUUUCUGUCUGGAGCCUGAAACUAGGCUCCAUGUUUUAGAGCAACAGCUCGAUUUUGUCGCUUGAGGUCACACAGAGAUUCUCACUGAGUCAAAAGAGAAAGAAGGAUGGAGCCAGACUUCAAGCUGAGCCUCUUGUUUUUUUGUUUUGUUUUUCUUUGGUGCUGGGGAUUGAAUCUGGGGCCUCACACAUGGUAGGUAUAUGCUCUACCAUGAGCUAUAUUCCCAGCCUCCCUCUCCCCCCUAUUAUUUAGAGACAGGGUCUCAUUUAGGGUGACUUUGAACUAUGUAGCCAAGGCAGGCCUCAAACUGUUGAACCUCCUGCUUUGGGCUCCCAAGUAAUUUGGAUUGUAGACCUGAUCCAUCAGGCCCCACUGAACUGGGCCUCUUGACCUGAGCCCUUCAGAGGAAUCUGUUUGCUCUGAGGCCCCUGGCCUUCUCUGAACUCCAUGGCUUCUCCCCUCCCUCUAACUCCUGGGGAAGUUGUGGCCUCAGUCCUCCAGCAGACUCCUUUCUGUAUGUACCUCUUAUACCCCAAGCCCCUUCAUUAUUCUGCCCCCUCUGCUGUCAGAGCCCCAGGAUAUCUUUAAAAACCACAGACUUCUUUUCUGGGGUUGACCCACAUCCUUUUCUGUUGUUUUUUCAGAGGGUGAGCAAGGGUCCUGGUUUCAAUGACGGUUGGAAAAAAAACUUUCCAGAGAUGACAAGAUUGGGUGGAUUUUUUUCUGAAUAAAAAGUGAUGAGUGUGAAUACGAUUAAUUAAAGUGAUGCUGAAACCUC